UUAUAAGGGCGGGGCUGGUGGCGCGCGGCCUCGUCGCCUCGGCUGUCCCGGCGGCGCCAACUGAAGAGCUUCCUUGCUUCCACCAUGCUGAACCGCGCUCUUCUCUUCCUAGCCCUAGCCGUACUGGCCCGCGCGGGCGCUGACGCCCCCGAGGAGGAGGACAACGUACUGGUGCUCAAGAAGGACAACUUCGAGCAGGCUCUGGCGGCGCACAAGUACAUGCUGGUGGAGUUCUAUGCCCCUUGGUGUGGUCACUGCAAAGCCCUGGCUCCUGAGUAUGCCAAAGCUGCUGGGAAGCUGAAGGCGGAAGGCUCCGAGAUCAGGUUGGCGAAGGUAGAUGCCACAGAGGAGUCCGACCUGGCCCAGCAGUAUGGUGUGCGCGGCUACCCCACCAUCAAGUUUUUUAAGAACGGAGACACAGCGUCCCCCAAAGAAUACACAGCUGGCCGAGAAGCUGAUGAUAUUGUGAACUGGCUGAAGAAGCGCACAGGCCCCGCUGCCACCACGCUGUCAGACGCUGCUGCUGCAGAAGCCCUGGUGGAUUCCAGUGAAGUCGCAGUCAUCGGCUUUUUCAAGGAUGUGGAGUCAGACUUUGCCAAGCAGUUCCUGCUGGCGGCAGAGGCCAUCGAUGACAUCCCCUUUGGGAUCACAUCCAACAGUGCCGUAUUCUCUAAGUACCAGCUGGACAAGGAUGGGGUUGUCCUCUUUAAGAAGUUUGAUGAAGGCCGAAACAAUUUUGAAGGGGAGAUCACCAAGGAGAAGCUGCUGGAUUUCAUCAAGCACAACCAGCUGCCACUGGUCAUCGAGUUCACGGAGCAGACAGCCCCGAAGAUAUUUGGAGGUGAAAUCAAGACCCACAUUCUGCUGUUCCUGCCCAAGAGCGUGUCUGACUAUGAUGGCAAACUAAGUAACUUCAAGAAGGCAGCAGAGGGCUUCAAGGGCAAAAUCCUCUUCAUCUUCAUCGACAGUGACCACACAGACAACCAGCGCAUCCUGGAGUUCUUUGGCCUGAAGAAGGAGGAGUGCCCGGCCGUGCGCCUCAUCACCCUGGAGGAGGAGAUGACCAAGUACAAGCCCGAGUCCAGCGAGCUGACAGCCGAGAAGAUCACCGAAUUCUGCCACCGCUUCCUGGAGGGCAAGAUCAAGCCCCACCUGAUGAGCCAGGAGCUCCCUGAGGAUUGGGACAAGCAGCCUGUCAAGGUGCUGGUGGGCAAGAACUUUGAGGAAGUGGCUUUUGAUGAAAAGAAGAAUGUCUUUGUGGAAUUCUAUGCCCCAUGGUGUGGUCACUGCAAGCAGCUGGCCCCCAUCUGGGAUAAACUGGGAGAGACGUACAAGGACCACGACAACAUUGUCAUUGCCAAGAUGGACUCCACGGCCAACGAGGUGGAGGCCGUCAAAGUGCACAGCUUCCCCACACUAAAGUUCUUCCCUGCCAGUGCAGAAAAGACGGUUAUUGACUACAACGGGGAACGGACGCUAGAAGGCUUCAAGAAGUUCUUGGAGAGUGGCGGCCAGGACGGGGCAGGGGACGAUGAUGACCUGGAAGAUCUAGAAGAAGCUGAGGAGCCUGAUUUGGAAGAAGACGAUGACCAGAAAGCUGUGAAGGAUGAACUGUGAGGUGGCCACUCAGCCUGGGCCCAGCAUUCACCUCAGUGGCUGCACCCCCAGCAGCAGUCGCCUCCAGAAGCCACAGACCCUCACGGGGGAGGACCUCGCUCGGAAACGCAGGGAACUUUUCUGAAGCUCCACCUCAUUCUCACACAUGUCAAUCCAAACCCGUCUCUUCCACUGGCUUUUCAAUUUUUGGAAAGGGAUUUAUCUCCAGGCCAGCCCAUCUGGGCAUGCCUUCUUCCUCCUCCUCCUCCUCCUCCUCCUCCUCCUCCUCCUCUUCUUCUUCCUCUUCCUCUUCCUCUUCCUCCUCCUCUUCUUCUUCUUCUUCUUCUUCUUUUUUUUUUUUU